AUGGGUAGAGGGAUAAUAGGCUUAAUCAGGUUCUGGGGCUUGGUGUACUUCACUCUUGUGUAUGUGACAUCCCAAACAACGAGUUUUAAAGAUGAGAGCAAAACCUGUAAUCCGUCUCAUUGCGGCAUUAUCACAAACAUUUCAUAUCCAUUUCGUCUCCGAGACGACCCGCCCAAUUGCGGCUGUCCGGCGUAUAACUUAGCCUGUGAAAACAACAUCACUCUGCUUGAUUUGCACUCAGGAACAUACCAGGUUUUGGGAAUCAACUACAACAAUUACACAAUCCGAGUCAAAGAUCCUGGCAUUCGGGAGGAAGCAUCCGCAGGUUCAGGGGCUACAAUCGACAACGUCAUUUAUCUGAAUUGUAGUGAUCCGGUGAGGGACGAUGCGGACUACGUGGAUACGACUCCCUGCAUGGAUUGGGGAUCCAAAGGAGAUGGAGGAGGUCAUGUUUAUGCUGUAGUUGGAGACUUAGAGGCUGGGAGGUCGAAACCUGAGUGUCGCGUGAAAUCAGUGGCCACCAUUAUUUCAGAUUGGAGUUCAUUCCUGGAGUGGAGAAGCUACUCAUACGCUGAUAUUCCCACAGUACUUUCCCAUGGUUGA